AAACAUUUAUUUUAAUGUAAUGAACUUUUUUUCAUGAGCUCAUAUUUAUGGAUAUUUCUGAAAAUGCCCUUUUUAUUGCCCCGUUUAUUUAUUUUUUUCUAUUCCUCGAAAGUCCUGUGAAUUUAGUAAUUUCUUUUUUUUAUGAGUUAGCAUCAUACUCUAAUGUCAAUUUUUGUCAAUGGUAUUUACCCAUAAAGCAAAACAUUAACUUUCAGUAUAAAUGUAUGCAUGGAUUAUUUUUUAGAUACAAAAAUAAAGAAAUGAAAUUUGCUGUCCAAGGUUGUACGCACGGUGAUCUUGAUUUGAUAUAUAGUUUGAUUGAUCAUGUUGAAAAAAAAGAAAGUAUUAAAAUUGACUUUUUGAUAUGUUGUGGCGAUUUUCAAGCAACUCGUAAUCAUGACGAUUUGAUGAGUAUGGCUGUUCCAAAGAAGUAUCGUCAGAUGAAAGACUUUCACGAUUACUAUGCUGGUCGUAAAAAAGCUCCGUUGCUGACGAUAUUCAUUGGUGGAAAUCAUGAAGCUGCCAAUCAUCUAUGGGAACUUCCUUAUGGGGGUUGGGUAGCUGAAAAUAUUUACUACUUAGGUUAUGCUGGAGUGAUCAAUGUUGGUGGUAUUCGUAUAGCUGGUAUGUCAGGAAUAUUUAACACAAAUGACUUCCACAAAGGCUACUUUGAAAAACCGCCAUUUAAUGAAAGUACAAAGAGGUCAUUUUAUCAUAUAAAACAAAUUACUACUGCAAAACUUAAAAACUUGGAAGGUAGUCCCAUUGAUAUAUUUUUAAGUCAUGAUUGGCCUUCUAAUAUACAAAAGUAUGGUGAUAUUGAGCAAAUUUACGAGCAAAAACCAUGGCUACGAGAGGAACCGAUUCAGAAGUAUUUAAUUGACAAUGAUCCAGCAGAAGAGUUACUUCGCUUGUUAAAACCAACAUACUGGUUUGCUGCCCACCAUCAUGUCAAAUUUGCAGCAUUGGUGCAGCAUGAUUCAAAAGAGAGCACAAAGUUUUUAGCACUUGGAAAAUGUUUACCAUCUAAUGAUUUUAUGCAAAUACUAAACUUUGAUUCGCCAAGUUCAGAGGUAGUUUUAAAGUAUGAUCUACAAUGGUUGUCAGUCUUAAAAGCAACUGAUCAUUACAUGAAGAAGUCAGGGAAGAUUGACACGUUUGAAAAUUUCGAGAAGGAACAAAAUUUUUACAUGAUGACUGAAGCAAGCAAUUUUUGCAGUAAAUUUAGAGAAAAUUUAGCUGUUAUUAAACUGGACAGCAAAUCAAAUUUGAAGUCUCGUCAACAAACAGUAAAAUUUUGUGAGAAAUUUGGGCUAUGUGAUCCAUGUGUAGAUUAUGAGAGUUGUGAUUAUUCAAAUGAAAUCAGUGACGAUAGUAUUGAGUUCACAAACUAAAAAUAUAAAUUGAUUUAAAUGAAUUACUAAAUUACAUUGAUUUAACACAGAACUUUAUUUUUUUAAGUAAGCAUCGAAAUUAAGGAAUAGGGUUUUCUAAAAUCUAUUGCACAUAUAAUACAAAGAUUUAAAAACCACUUUGCAAUUAUUAUUUGUAAACCAUGUUACGAACGUAUGAUGUCUUAAGAUUUACUAUAGUAUAAUAGUUAUUUAUAUUUUUUUUAUGUUUUUUAUAUCUAAAUAAAUUAAUAGUAGUUAGUGGGUUUUUUGUAACUUUAUGUAUUUUUUGUUUAUUAUGUUAUUUCGUUGACACUAAGACCAAAAGCUUAGUGAAUCAAUAUAUCUUAAAAUUUUAUUCUUACUUUCUUCAAUCGAUAUAGCAAAAAUAUUUUGAUUUUAACAUAAAUUGUUAAAAUCUGGUAUCGCUUUUAUAGGUAAUGCUGU